AUGGCGCUCGGCGCCGGCCACCUGCUGGGCGCCGCCUGCUCCGUCUACGCCUGCUCCGGCGACCUGCAGCUGCUGACGCUCGCGCUCUCCAACGCCUUCCCCGUGUCCUUGGGCUUCGCCAAGGCCGCGCUGCUGCUGGCGCGCCACCGCCGCUACUCGGCACUCGUCGGCGGCGUCGACGCGCUCCGGGCGCGCCAGCGCGACUUUUGCGACGCCGACCCGCAGCUGGCGGCCGCCUUCCGCGAGACCCGGCGCUGGUCCGUCAAACUCACUUUCCUCUUCUUCUCCUCCGUCCUGUCGGCCCUGAUCGUGUGGUCGCUGCUGCCACUCUCGAUGUAUCCCCAGGUCCUGGCUUCGAGAAUAGCGGGACUGCGCCUUCGGGAAAGAACACAGAAGAUAAAACUGUGCGCUGAAUCCGAUGAUGCGUCCACCCUUCACGGCGACAUGUAUAAUGAGCUGUGCUUAUGUGUCGACACCCACAAAGAGCUCAUCAGAUUGGUUGGCCUGCUGGAGUCGCUGAUGAACCCGGUGGCGAUGCUGCAGUUCCUGGUGGGAGCCGUCUCCUCCUGCGUGGUGCUCUUCUCAGCCACCUACAGCCCAGACAGCAAUUCCGCGCUGAAGUGUUGGGGUUCGCUUCCCCUACUGCUGACGCAGCUGUUCCUGUAUUGCUCAGGAGCUCAGCACAUUCUGGACCAGAGUGAGGCGGUAGCGAUGGCGGCAUACGACUGCGCCUGGUGCGACAGCAGCAGCAAGUUGAAGCGCGCGCUGCAGCUGGUGAUCAGCCGCGCCCAGAAGCCUCUGGCGCUGACGGCUGGCAAGCUCUACGCCGUUAAGAGGGCCACCUUCCUCUCGUUGAUUCAAGCGACGUACUCUUACUACACACUUCUUCAAAAUUUGGACAACUGAUGGGAAAGAAGAAAUACGGCGCUCCUGCACAGGACAGUGGAGAGCAUCUUAAAGGUUUUGGGAAGUACGGCAAACCCAGUUGGGAUCGGUACUUUCUUCGGCCGAGCUUAGAAAAGACUCAGGAACUCAUGCAUGGCGGUCAACACCUGUAGUCUUCACAACUGUGUCACAGCCUUAUACAAAAUCAUAAAAUAUAUUUUUGUUUUGUCCUACCUUCACUUUUUAACGUACUUGUAAUUGUUCGAAAUCCAUGCACCAAAGUGACUUUUCACGCUGUAAACAACACUGUCGCAUAAAUCAACAUUGUAACAUCAGUUGUACUAUUCUAGAAAUCGUUUCCUUGGGGCUAGUGUUUAUAUGUUUAUCAGGCUUGUAAUGUAGUCGUUUUACGUACAUUAGAAUUAAUUGCUACGAUAAGAGUAAAUCUAUCACUAUCCAGUGUCUUUGUUAACAU